CACAUCUUUGUCAGUGAACAAAAUGGCAACUUACUGUCUCACCGUAGCCCGGCUCCAGCUGGCUCUGGGCCAUGGUGCGCGCCGCCUGCAUGUAUCGGCAGCUUACAGAGCCAAGGCCAGUGUGUCCAUGAGCCGCUUUGAGCCCUCUUCCUUCGUCAACUACGAGAAGCUCCAAUCCAACGUCGACAUUGUGCGAAAAAGGCUCAACCGGCCUCUCACUCUGUCAGAGAAGAUCGUGUACGGCCACCUCGAUGACCCCCACAACCAGGAUAUCGAUCGCGGUCGCACCUACCUGCGUCUGCGUCCCGACCGCGUGGCCAUGCAGGACGCCACCGCCCAGAUGGCCAUGCUCCAGUUCAUCAGCAGCGGCCUGCCAAGGGUGGCCGUACCCUCCACCAUCCACUGCGAUCAUCUGAUCGAGGCCCAGACCGGAGGAGUGAAGGAUCUGGCCAGGGCGAAGGAAAUCAACGAGGAGGUCUACAACUUCCUGUCGAGCGCAGGCGCAAAAUACGGAGUUGGCUUCUGGAAACCAGGAUCUGGAAUCAUCCAUCAGAUCAUCCUGGAGAACUACGCCUACCCUGGAGUCUUGCUUAUCGGCACAGAUUCCCACACACCAAACGGUGGUGGUCUUGGUGCCGUCUGCAUCGGGGUUGGAGGAGCCGACGCUGUAGAUGUCAUGGCAGGAAUCCCCUGGGAACUCAAAUGUCCAAAGGUGAUUGGUGUGAAGCUGACCGGCAGUCUGUCUGGCUGGACCUCUCCUAAAGAUAUCAUCCUGAAGGUGGCCGGCAUCCUGACGGUUAAGGGAGGCACCGGAGCUAUUGUAGAGUACACCGGACCUGGAGUCGACUCCAUCUCCUGCACUGGAAUGGCCACCAUCUGCAACAUGGGAGCUGAGAUUGGAGCCACAACUUCAGUGUUCCCCUACAACCACCGCAUGAAGACCUACCUGGAGAAGACUGGACGUGGACAGAUCGCCGCCCUGUCUGACCAAUUCUCAGACAUUCUGGUGCCAGACAAGGGCUGCGAGUAUGACCAGGUCGUCGAGAUCAAUCUGGAUGAGCUGAAGCCCCAUAUUAACGGACCGUUCACCCCUGACCUGGCUCACCCAGUGGCUGACGUCGGCGCUGUAGCUGAGAAGAACGGUUGGCCCCUGGAGGUUAAAGUUGGUCUGAUCGGCAGCUGCACCAACUCCAGCUACGAGGACAUGGGCCGUGCCGCCUCCGUGGCCAAGCAGGCUUUGGAUAAAGGUCUGAAGUGCAAAGCUGAGUUCACCGUCACCCCCGGCUCCGAGCAGAUCCGUGCCACCAUCGAAAGAGAUGGAUACUCAAAGAUUCUGGGCGAUGUUGGUGGUGUGGUCCUGGCUAACGCAUGCGGACCCUGCAUUGGACAGUGGGACAGGAAAGACGUGAAGAAGGGAGAGAAGAACACAAUCGUCACCUCAUUCAACAGGAACUUCACCGCCAGGAACGACGCUAACCCCGCAACACACGCCUUCGUCACUUCCCCCGAGAUUGUCACCGCCAUGGCCAUCGCCGGCACGCUAAACUUCAACCCGGAGACAGACUACCUUACAGCCGCCAACGGCGAGAAAUUCAAGCUGGACCCCCCCAACGGAGAUGAGCUGCCCUCAAGGGACUUCGACCCAGGCCAGGACACCUACCAGCACCCUCCGGCCGACGGCUCCAGCCUGAAGGUGGACGUCAGCCCUCAGAGCAACAGGCUGCAGCUGCUGGAGCCUUUUGACAAAUGGAGUGGAAAGGACUUGGAAGACUUGCAGGUUCUCAUCAAGGUGAAAGGCAAAUGCACCACAGAUCACAUCAGCGCCGCCGGGCCUUGGCUGAAGUUCCGCGGUCACCUGGACAACAUCUCCAACAACAUGCUGAUCGGUGCCGUCAACAGCGAGAACGACGGCGUGAACAAGGUGAAGAACUACCUGACAGGAGAGUACGGAGGUGUGCCUGAUGUGGCCCGGCACUACAAGGCUAACAGCGUCUCAUGGGUCGUGGUUGGAGACGACAAUUACGGCGAGGGCUCCAGCAGAGAGCAUGCGGCGUUGGAGCCCAGGCAUCUGGGGGGCAGAGCCAUCAUUGUGAAGAGCUUCGCCAGAAUCCACGAAACUAACCUGAAGAAGCAGGGUCUGCUGCCCCUGACAUUCAACGACCCCUCAGACUACGAUAGGAUCCGCCCCGAUGACAAGAUCUCCAUCAAAGGACUCGAAACCUUCACUCCGGGAAAGCCUCUGAGCGCAGUCGUGAAGCACAGUGACGGCAGCUCCGACACCUUUCAGCUCAACCACAGCUUCAACGAGACACAGAUCGAAUGGUUCCAGGCAGGCUCCGCCCUCAACAGGAUGAAGUCGCUGCAUUAAUGAGGAAAGAGUUAAAAAUGUGGAGGAGGAGGAGGGUUUUCAGUGGGGGGAAACAGAGUGCUAGGGAUUGUGGGGAAAGAAGGGAGGAUGAAGAAUGUUAACGAUAGCUCCAUCGUCUGCAUUAACGUUCAGUUUGGACUGAAGUAAUACGUCGGUAUACCUCUAAGAGUUUGUCAGUAGGUUACUUCAGACUAAGUGCCAAGCUAUUGCUGACGAUGGAACAACAGCAACCUGUCAGAUAUUUUUUUUAAAAACAAAAACAACCUUCAUUCGUCUCAGUGCUUAGUGUUUCCCUGAAGGUGCUGUUCGCUGCUAUGUCUCAAAGUACAAAAAACAGUGGGAGAUAAGAAUAUGAGAUGUGAAAACAAAGACCAGACACACACACACUCUUACACUUUGACACACUAAGCUUUGACCCAAGUGUUGACACAGUACUCUGCCAGCCGAUGAGCGACCGGUGUGUUUGCAGUCGUUCAGUACAGCGCUGAAGCCGCCUCACACUGCAGCACAGCUGGCUGAUGGCAGUCAAUCCGUCUCCUUGUCGUUUUAGGUGUUGCACACUGCAUGGCAAUAACCAGCUUCACCCAACCUGCCCCAGUGUUUAUUUAAAAGUCCCUGGAGCAGGUAAACGCGUCUCGGUUACAUCUCUGGGCCUUUUUCAUUGCUCGUUGUAGUCGCAAAGUACUGUACUUGUCAUUCACCUGUCUGCCCCCUUGUGGCCAUGAGAAGGUACUGUAGAAUCUACGAUACACAAAAAAGCAACACCUUGUCCGUAACGGUCUUAAUAGAUUGUUUUAAAGGUUUUCUGGGAAAUGUAGGAACUAUUUAACAUCAUUUAGGGGUCAUUUCUUGUAACCAUGUCCUGAAUAUGCGUAGAAUGUCAUCCAUCACAGCAUAUAUUGUCAGUGUUACAAAAGAUCACCUUUCCUAAUAUACAAAGGGAUUCGUAUGCUUCAACACCCAUCCUCCCUCUCUGCCCCUCCCCCCCUUGUCAACCUUAACCCUCACAAGGUCAAAUCACACCACAUGAUUUUUCCCUUUGUUUAUAUAUUUAUAUUUUUUUGCCGCAAAAGGUUCAGAUUCUGUGUGCGUUCUCAUGAAAGGCUAUUUGUCCUCAUGCACAGGGUAAACUUCAUCCAAUAUUUCAUGCCCUUUUUUGUGGGGUAACAAGUCUGUUUUUUGUGUUACUUUGGCCCACCAAAAAAAAAAAGGAAAAAGAAACUGUACUUAAAAAAAGGACAGACUUGAAAGUGGAUAUUAUACUGUAAGUUACCACCUGAUCAGAAACAAUGAUGAUUGUUUUCCUUGUGUCUACUUUGACACUGUCUGACCCUGCAGACAACAUUAAGUUUUCAUCAACAGCUUAAUCAGAUGAAGUGAAGUCAUUAUCUCUUCCUCUAACCCGCUGUAUGUCAAGUGUCUGGUCCCAUGUACAUUUAAGUGUUUGUGUUUUUUUUUUUCCCUCCCAGAUCAUCUCUUCUGUAUUACAGAAAUGCCAAUGGGUUGUAAAAUAAAACUUCACAAAUCUCA